GAGCAUAAGACUAAAUCAAAGUUACUGUUGUCAGUGGGCGAAUGGGGUGACUCUUGACUUCGCUAUUCCCUCUAUAAAUAAGACUCCAACAACCCAUUCCCGAUGUAUAUAGAUAUCCACAUCGCUCCCACUUCCAUCCCACACUCUUUCUUCUACUUCCAUCCGUAUCUCCGUCUCUCUCUGUUUUUGGCCUCUUGAGGGAGAAGUAGAGCGAUGGAUUCUGUGGAGGAAGGCAAAGAAUACCACCACCACAACAGUAGCAGUAGCAGCAGCUGCAACAACAACGACCGUGGUGCUCGUGCCGUCGUCAAGGGCAAGCGGACGAAGCGGCGCAGGGUCCACCUACCGCCGGCCUCGGCACUCGCGGGGCCGACCACCUCGUCCGCGUCCUCCGCCGAGUUCUCCAGUAGCAUCACCGAGGAAGACGAAGACAUGGCCAAUUGCCUCGUGCUCCUCUCCCGUGGUCGAAACGUUGACCCGAAGCCUGAAUCGGCAGCGGAAGAAGGCAUCGACCGCGGUGGUGGCACCGAGAAGUGCACGAGCCUAGGUUCGGCUGAGGCCGCCGUGGCGACGACGGACGCAAAGGCCGGAGCGUGCGUUUACGAGUGCAAGACUUGCUAUAAAUGCUUUCCUUCGUUCCAAGCGCUCGGGGGGCACCGUGCCAGCCACAAGAAGCCCAGGAUGAUGGUACCGGCGGCGGCCGAGGACGAUGGGCUGCAGAUCAGCGUGAACUCGUUCUCCAAGCCAUUAGUGGCUCCAAAUGAUGGCAACUCCAUCAGCGGUGGCAGUAACAAGUCGAGGGUGCAUGAGUGCUCCAUCUGUGGAUCGGAAUUCUCGUCCGGCCAGGCGCUCGGCGGCCACAUGAGGCGGCACCGGCCGUUGUUGACGACCAAAGAAUCGCCAGAGCUUAAGAAGGAGAGCUGUGUUCUCUCAUUGGAUCUAAACCUUCCCGCGCCAUCCGACGGUGACCAUGAGGAGCUUCUCAUAUUGCCACCCGCCAUGACCGCCUUUCCCUUCGAAGGCGAGCAGCCGCUUGUCUUCUCGGCGACGCCGCUGGUGGAUUGCCAUUACUAAGCGUGCAAUACCAGAAGCAAACUCCUUUUAACUUUUCCUUUUCUCUAAAUAUUAUCCUCUUCUUACAGGAUCAAAUUAGAGAUUAAUUAUGGGGAUCAUUAUCGUGUGAGUCUAAUUUGUGUGUGUAACAAACAAGAUUGAUACUUUGGAUUCUUUCUUACUUUGAUUGUUUCAUGGUUUACAAAGGAAGAUUAUUGUGCUCAGGAAGACGUGUAGUCUUGCA